AUGCCGUCCAUUCUUGCCAUGAUCCACCACUGCAAUCUUACGCCUAUUCCCGCCAUUCUGAUUUUGCUUGUGCUGGCCGUAGGCUACCAAUUUUACAGCGACCUGUUCGCGUUAAUUGGGUUGGCAGGCUUCGCGUUCUCCUCCAUUGCGGCUUUGGCAGUGACCGCUCUCCUCUAUUUGCGGUACAAAGAGCCCACUUUGAAGACUUCAUUUCAGGUACACCUUUCUUCAUCCUUUGUGCCUUUGUCCUCACUGCGGCGCUUUGUGCUGCAAGUGAUAAUCAAGUUGCCCAUCUUCUUCCCGAUUCUCUUCCUCGCAUCUGAUCUCUUCAUCCUUGCGCUGACGAUCUAUCAACAACCACGUGAGUCGCUCUCCAACGUGAUUCUUAUGUUGGCGGCGGUUCCCAUCUACUGGUUGGGUGUUUCGUGGAAGAACAAACCUAAGAGCUUCCAGAAUUUCAUCUAUAAGGGCACAAUAUUUCUGCAGAAGGUAUUUGCCUGCGUGCCGGUAGAGGACGAGUCUCACUUGGAUGGAAUUGCAGCUUCUCCAACUAACGAGGAGAGGCAAGUCGACACCUUCUAG